AUGAAUCAUUCAAAAUUUCCUAUAAAACCUGGAACUUCGCAACAUUUUCCAACAACUUCUUAUUUUUCUGAUGAAAAAAUGAUAUCUUGUUUUAAGCUAAAAGAUUAUCCUGGAUAUUUUGAAGAAGAGAUUGGAAAAUCAGGAGAAUUUCAAUAUUUUGAAGGAGAAAUUGGAAAAACAGAAGAAUUUCAGUCCAUUAAACCGAAAUCAACCGUCUCUAAAAGUACUACAGUACCACUUUGGAAGACAACUUUGAUCAGUAUGCCGAUAACGGAUUCGAUUCAAGAAAUCGAGGAAGAUAAUGUGAGAUCGAGUGAAAUAACUAGAAAACGAAAUUUGGCAAAGGAGACUGAUGAAACUAGGGAUUUUUCGAAGUUGCCGAAAACGGAUUCGAUUCAACAAACUGAGAAAUCUAAUAAAUAA